AUGCCUCGGAACGCGAAGCGUGAGGGUCGUGCGCCUCGUGAAAGGAGUUUUGCUGGUGAGGCGAAUGAAGCAGGCUUGUGCAUAACCGAUUUGCACCAGGCUUGGGACUCCACUUGUGAUGUGCGGCAAAGGUUGCGCGAGGGACAGGGGUUGAUGCACCCGAACAGUGGACUCCAAUGCGACAAUGCCGUGUGUGUGCUGAACUCCGGCCUGCUGCUUCCACUUUUGCAUCGCAUGAGUGAAAGCUCGGAAAGAAAGCUUCCAUCGGUGGGAGAUCUUCGGUCUGAGAUGACGAAGGUUUUCGCUAUCAACAAGCGCGUCGGAGCCGACGUGCAAUCAUGUGUUGCCGCCGAGGCGAUACACGUUCGUAAGCUGUUGUCUUUCAUCAAAGCAAAGGUUCGACGGGAGGAAGCGGAGAAGCCGGUGCUGACGAGACGGGAUCAGUUGGUCUUGCGGAGCAGGGUGAAGGGCAGCAAGAAACGGGGACCGAAACGAGGAUCCAAAAAGAGCCAGGGCAAGGGCAUCAAGAGGGGCAAAUCCUUGCCCUUGUCCCCAUCCAAGCGGAGGAGGAAAAUCCUUCGAGAGGUCGCCGAGGACCGCGACGAGGACCAUGAGCCCGAGGGUGAGCAUGAGGUCGAGGCCACGGAGAAAGAGGGAACGAAAAAGCUUUCGCCCCAGAAGGAAAUCAUCAUGAAGCCUGCGGAGCUGUGCAUGUUUGAGGCUCUGGAUUGGUACUUCGGAGUUAAGGAUCCUGCAGGGCUGAAGGAGAUCAUUGUCACUUUCGCAAAAAAGUGGGCUUCCUGUGCCGAUGAUAAGAAAGGCAAGCAUGAGCUCAAGGGUGCUUUGGAUGAGAUUUGGUACUGCGGCUACAACAUGUACUGGAACAGGCCUGCAGCCGGUGUCCUACACAAGGAGACUGGAAAGGAGCUCGCUUACUUUUCCAUCCCGGCUACCCGAAGCGAGAACUGCUCAUGGGGGCAAAAGAUGGCUGUGGUAGCGAAAGCUGCCAACAUGUUCGCCUCUUAUGCGGAUUCCUUGAUCUACGAUGGCUACGUCGAUUCUACAAAACCGGACACCUCGAAGGACCUGGUUAUCAUGAGAAACAUUUUCAAGUCUGUUGUUGAGGGCUCCGUGAAAAAGCUUGCGGAGUCUGGCUAG